AUGAGCAGAUCGAGAGAUUGGAAUCCUUCGCUGUGGUCGGAGACCUUUGAGGAUCUUGUGGAUGAUGGCGGUGAGCUGGACUAUGGAGACUCGUGGACUCUCAACUUUAACUACAGCCAGACAGAACAAGUCAGCAAAGAGGAGAGGAAGAAGGGCUGGAAAGUCUGCACUCACUACACCAUCGGAAAUUUUCGGUGUGCAAACUGUCGGAGGACCUGGCCUUCAGGCCGCGUGAACGUUCUGUUCCGUUACCGGCUGCGAGGCCGCAGGGGGAAUGUGAUCAUGCGGCCUUUUGGCCAGGCAUGUCGACGGUGCCACGACGUAUUUCUGCUCCCGGGUUUCUCCAAGGAAAUCAUGAAAGCAGCUUUGCGGAAGCUGUGUUCCAAAAUCCGGAAGAACUGCUACAAUGAAGAUGAAGGAGACACGCCAAGAGACAUGGUCAAGAAGUGGACCAAACCUCACGAGACGGAUCUAUGUGAAGCCUGUGAAGCGGGCAUUUGCACCCAGCGCGAUGACUAGAAGCAUCUGUGUGAAUAGACACAGUCCGGCCAUGUUCUUCAACCCUGGAGGGGGAAAAUACUCCGUUUGCACUGU